AUGUUUGAGAAAACUGUGGAUCUGGAUUUAAAUUUCGGUGAAGUGACAUUGGGGUGGAAGCUAGCGCAACAGCUGUUGAAGCAUGCUUGUGAUGUGAUUGAGAAUAACUUUGGGUAUUUCUUUUGGUCUGUUUGUUGCAAAAAUGAGUCACGGAAAGGAAAAGGAAAAAAGCAGGGUGCGGUUUCCCCAAAGCAAAGAAGGGAUAGAAAAAACGAAGGAAUAUUGGAAUUAAGGGAAAAGCAAAAAGCUGCGUUUCUCAAACUAGAGUUUGCUAUUAUCAUGGAGCGGUAUCCAGUAAUGCGGCUUGUUAAUGUCUUGCGAUACAACAGUCCUUCCAAGCGCCAAAUCCGCAGAUUGAUUGGCAGACCCAAAUGGCUGGGUUCAAAGAGUGAAGCGGAUUCUCCGAUAGCUCCAGAACCAAUAAAAUACACAUCAAAGAAAUGCUUAUUCAUAGGUGACGAGAACAUCUCCGGGAAAGAAUUUACCAGUAUAUACAGGUUUUUGAUUUUGGCAUUCUACUUACACAUAGAAUAUAGAAAUAACAAAUCUCAAAUUUUGACUGUUGUUAGAAGAAUUGAAGGUGAUGUGAACGAAAUGGCUUCCGAAAUCCGUAAGGUUUGUCCUGACAGUGAUGUUAUGAUACACCAAGGUAGUAUUCACGUGCAAGGGCACCACACACAAGAUAUCCGCAAAUGGUUAUCUGAAAUGGGUUUCUAACACUUUAUUGUUCUUUACA